AUGUCUCAGGUCCUCACUGUAGAUGCCAUUCUGUUCGGGCUUUUGGUCUUUUCAGGCAUCCUAGGAAACAUCUUGGUCAUCCAUGUGGUGUUUCGGUCAGCCUUUGAGAGCCCAUCCCAGAGGCUCCCUCCCUCAGACAUGAUACUGGUGCACCUGUCACUUGCCAAUCUGCUGACCUCCCUUUUUCGAACGGUGCCUAUUUUCAUAUCGGAUCUGGGCUUGGACGUGUCUCUGUCCCCAGGUUGGUGCAGAGUUUUUAUGCUGCUGUGGGUCUGGUGGCGAGCCGUGGGGUGUUGGGUCACUCUAGCUCUAAGUGCCUUCCACUGCACCACCCUGAGACGACACCAAGUGAGCUUUGGUCCUCUUGCACUGCAGCGCGAGAGGCGACGAGUAUGGAUUGUGCUUGGAGUGGUGUGGGGGGCUAAUUUAGCCUUCUCUAUCCCUGCACUGGUGUACAGCACUCAUGUCCACGGCAAUGCCACCGUGGAGCUGAUGGUCAUAAGCUGUACCACCAGGCCUCUGUUAGGCUGCAUAUGGGAGUUUCCCUCGGAAGAGCAAGGCGCGGCCUUUGCCUCCACGUCGCUCGCGCUCAACGAGGUGUUGCCGCUGGUGCUGAUGGUCGGCACCAACCUGGCCACACUCCACGCUCUGGCCAAACACAUCCGAGCUGUAACCUCCGGAUCAGAGGCAGGAGGAAACCACGGGGAGCUGGACAAACACGUGUCCAGCGAACGCAAGGCCGCUCACGUGAUCAUGUCACUGGUGUCGCUCUUUGUGGUGUGCUGGGCUCUGCAGGUCGCUGCAGUGACAUACUACAACCAUGAUGGAGGGCACCAUGCCGAAGGACUCCUAACCGUAGCGCAUUUUUCUGCUUCACUAUUUGUGGGGUUCAGUCCCAUGGUGGUCGCUCUGGGACACGGAAAGCUCAGGAAGAAAAUUAAAGGCAUGAUACUGGUGUGGAUUAAAGUUUUUCGGUUUUAUGGUGAUGAGACUGGAAAGGGGAGUGAGUCACCAAAGACAAAGGUGAAGGGAGGAAAGCAAAAAAUUUUUGUCGUUCAAAAAGGAGUAAAGUUGGAGGAUAAAUUUGAAUCAAACAGCUGA